AUGGCACCUCAAAAGCUCGGUAACUCUGUUGGCACUGCUGUAAACGAGGACGGACUUGCUAGUUGCGAGUAUGUGAGAUUGGGGAAAACGGGUAUGACUGUUUCCAGAGUAUGUCUCGGAUGCAUGAGUUACGGAAGUGAUAAAUGGCAAAACUGGGUAUUGAAUCCAGAAGAGUCGUUGAAGCUCAUUAAAUAUGCAUGGGAUAAGGGUGUUAACUUCUGGGAUACUGCUAACAUGUACUCCAAUGGUGAAUCUGAAAUCGUCGUUGGAGAAGCACUCAAACGAUUCAACAUCCCUCGAGACCAAGUGGUCAUCGCAACAAAAGUAUACAACCCAACCAUUGAGGGAAACCCGGGUGCCCGAAACAUGGGUGUCGCAUACGACAAACCACCAAUGAUCAACAAGGCUGGCCUGUCACGCAAACAUAUCAUGGAUGCGUGUGAUGCUAGUUUGAGAAGGUUGGGAACCAGUUAUAUUGAUUUAUAUCAGAUACAUCGAUUUGACAGAAACACGCCUAUUGAGGAGACAAUGGAGGCGUUGCAUGAUCUUGUAAAGAUGGGCAAGGUUCGAUACAUCGGAGCCAGUUCCAUGUGGGCUCAUGAAUUCGUCAUGAUGAACGCAUGUGCUGAGAAGAAUGGGUGGACAAAGUUCGUCUCGAUGCAGAACUUUUACAAUCUGAUCUAUCGUGAGGAAGAGCGAGAAAUGAAUGCUUAUUGUAAGAAGGAAGGAAUUGCUCUUAUUCCAUGGUCACCACUUGCAUUCGGUGUCCUCGCCGCUAAGGAUUCAGGCUCUUUACGAUCUCAAAACCGUCAAUGGCGCGUCACCAAAGAAGAUGAAGCAACAUUGACAGUACUGAAGAGUGUUGCUGCCAAACAUGGUACCAGCCCAUCUGUUAUUGCCUUGGCUUGGUUGUACUCCAAGUCUGAGAUCACGUCUCCUAUUGUUGGAAUCAACAAGGAGAGGUACUUGGAUGAUGCACUUGAUGCCCAAAAAGUCAAGCUCUCUGCUGAAGAGAUCAAGUCUUUGGAGAAACCGUACAGAAACAGACCAGUUAUCGGACAUUUGUAG